AUGUUAAAAAGCAGCGGAACAAGCUCGUCUGGUGGUCCACGGGUUUCAAACCAUCGGUACAGCCUGCGAGUGGUCACCGCUCGAGGGCGACCCGUUGGGUUCCAGCAUGGUCGUACAUCCAAGGCCAAUGAGGCUGCAACAAGCCAAAUUACAAACUUUUUUCCAACUCGCAAACGACGAAGCAACGAUGAACAAAUUCCGCUUACACCAAGCAAGCUCAAGAAGCAGAACGUGGACGUUAACAACAACAACUGCCAAGUCGUCCCGGAUUGCACAUUUGUCGAUGUGGAGAAUGAUGAGAAUGAUCCAGGUUAG